AUGUCGGCCAUCUUAUCCGCUGACGACCUCAACGACUUCAUCUCCCCCGGUGUCGCCUGUAUCAAGCCCGUAGAAACCCUCCCAAAACAACAACCUCAAGAAAAUGCCUACGAAGUCACGACCGAGGACAAGAUCGCUGCCGCCGAAGCCCCACCAGCCACUAUAUCCCUGACCGAUUGUCUCGCAUGUAGUGGUUGCGUUACUUCAGCAGAGGCCGUCCUCGUCAGUCUGCAAUCGCAUCAAGAAGUCUUGAAUACACUCGAAGCAUAUCCUGAACUACGCUUGCCCUGGACUGCUCCAGGCGAGUCUCUACCAGGUCCCUCGGAUGGCAAGAUCUUUGUCGCAAGUGUGUCGCCUCAGACUCGCGCCAGUAUUGCUGCGACAUAUGGUGUCUCUGAGGUCGCUGCUACGAACAUGAUUCAACAACUUCUGUCUGGUCCGGCUGGUCUGCGAUUGGGCGGCGCAAACAACAGUGGCUUCGCUUGGGUCAUUGAUACCAACGUUAUGCGUCAGGCUGCUCUGGUCGCUGCAGCCGACGAAGUCAUGGAAUCUCUAGCGCCCACAGCCAAACACACGUCAGACUUUAGUGGUUCGCGCGCCGAAAAGCCAAAGAAGCCCAUCCUUGCCUCUGCCUGCCCUGGCUGGAUCUGUUACGCCGAGAAGACUCACCCUCACGCACUGCCCCACAUGUCGCGAUUGAAGUCACCACAAGCCUUGACAGGCACAUUGAUUAAGAGCGUGCUCGCAAGGAAAUACGGAGUCAACCCGGAAAAUGUUUGGCAUAUGGCAAUCAUGCCUUGUUUCGACAAAAAGCUGGAGGCAUCAAGAGAAGAAUUGACAGAUAUGCAUUGGUCUCCCGAUGGUACAAACAUUGAACGCAAGGGCAUACGCGACGUCGAUUGUGUAAUCACUGCUCGCGAGCUACUCAUGCUUGCAGAGAGUCGUGGCAUUUCCUUCCCUCAACUGCCACAGAAGCCUCUUGCAAGGCAACAUCGUACGCCUUUCCCGGACGCCAAACUGGAUCGUUUCCUUUUUCCUGCCACCACUACUCGUAAUGGCACGCGAGAUGCUGGUACCAGCGGUGGAUAUCUAUGGCAUGUCAUGCAAACGUAUCGCGCACAACAUCCAGGAAGUCAAAUCACUGUUCAGCGAGGCCGCAAUGCUGAUGUUGUGGAAUACACUUUGGUUGACUCAGAAAACGCUGCCAUUGUGAGAUCUGCUCGAUACUAUGGUUUCCGCAAUAUUCAGAACUUGGUCCGCCGGCUUAAGCCUGCACGCGCUUCUCGUAUGCCAGGUGCAGCAAACAGACUUGCUGGUGCUCGUAAGCCUGGUGCAGCUGCAGGAUCGGCGGGAGGUCAGAAUAUGAAUGAAUACGCUUAUGUGGAAGUUAUGGCAUGUCCUGGUGGCUGCACAAACGGUGGUGGCCAAAUAAAGGUCGGAGAUGUUGGAGCUCUACGAAGCAGUGGUGUAGAGAACGGAGGCGACCAGGAGGUUGCUCCUCAACAAAAGGAGUGGCUGCAAAAAGUGGAUGAAGCAUAUUUCUCGUCAUCGUCUGCAUCAUCAUCGCCAUCACCCUCAGAUACAGAGGACGAAGGCGUUGAAGAUUCUUCUGCUGAUGGUGAUGUUGAGAUGGAGGAUGCAGAGGAUGCUUCAUUGGUUGAUGGUAUAUCGCACUCGCAGAUCAAGGAUAUCUUCUCGCAUUGGUCUGAGCUCACAGGCAUAGCGACAGACAAACUAGUAUAUACCUCUUACCGCAAGGUUGAGAGCGAUGUUGGAAAGACCACUGAUGUGGAAAGAGUGGCUGGUCUUGCCAGCACUAUUGGUGGUGGAUGGUAG